CACCAGCAUCUGGAAAGAACCAUGGCUAUCUCUCGAUAAACCGAUAGCUCCCAUGGGACCUGCUCACCAAGACACAGAGAAGCUAACAGUCUCAGAACUUUGGAAUAGCCAAACAAAAAGCUGGAAUAAGGAGAAGAUACGACUUCUCUUACCCCAAUGGGAGACAGAGAUUCUACUCCUCAAACCAAGCUGCAUGCAAUUGAUAUCACCAUUUUUGCAAGAUUCUUUGCCUUUAGAGUUCUCGCUAGCGCGCAGAACGAAGCUUCGGAAGUUUGGCCGCGCGCGGAGGAGUUCCCGACGUCCAAAAGUUACGAUCUUGAUAUGGAAAGAUAGAUACUUGAGUCAUGCAUCACGUCGAAGUGGAAUGAAGCCAUUUGGAUCAACUAUGAGGCCUAGACUUAUUUUCUACCGAGACAUGUCCGGUAAGCGAGUAAACGAAGCCCAUGGAGGAUUUGGAGUGUCUAAUGGCCCGAGCAGCAGCGCCAAAGGCCUUGAUCGAAUAGAGAAGAGGCCUGGCUAA